CUACAAAUCAGGAGAGAUGGCUACGACAGCGACACUUGACCCCAUGCAUAUGUACAGGGCAAAAAGAGACGCCGAAAGAAGAGGCGUGCUCAAGACCUACAAGAUCCUCGGCUUCAUCUCGUCAGGUACCUACGGCCGAGUCUACAAGGCCAUACUACAGCCUCCCUCAAAGUCGAAUAUCGCCUCCGCCCUCCCCAGCUCAGCCCGGGUCGCCCUCUCAAUCUCAAAAGACAAACUGCCCUCGCCUAGUCUUUCAGACAAGUUCAUCGAGAAUGACCCUCUAAACAACCCAGAGAUGUGUAUGAGACCCGGGGAUAGGAGAGCCAAGAAGGGGGAUGUCUUUGCAAUCAAGAAAUUCAAACCAGAUAAAGAAGGCGAUGUCUUGACGUAUGCUGGUAUCAGUCAGAGCGGAGCUCGAGAGAUUAUGCUAAAUCGUGAGCUUCAUCAUCGAAAUCUCGUGUCGUUGCGCGAGGUCAUCCUCGAAGACAAGUCCAUCUACAUGGUAUUCGAGUACGCAGAGCACGACUUUUUGCAAAUCAUCCACCACCACUCACAAACCGCCCGAGUCCCAAUCCCACCUUCAACCCUCCGCCGCCUUCUUCACCAACUCCUCUGCGGCGUUCAUUUCCUGCAUUCAAACUUUGUUCUACAUCGAGAUCUCAAGCCGGCCAACAUCCUCGUCACCAAUUCUGGUGUGGUCAAGAUCGGAGAUUUGGGUCUCGCGAGACUCUGGCAUAAGCCGCUGGCAAAAGGGGGUCUGUAUGGGGGUGACAAGGUCGUCGUGACUAUCUGGUAUAGAGCACCAGAGCUCAUCCUUGGCUCAAAGCAUUAUACUGCUGCUGUCGACAUCUGGGCUGUGGGCUGUAUCUACGCCGAGCUAUUGUCAUUGAGACCAUUGUUCAAAGGCGACGAGGCCAAGAUGGACGGCAAGAAGACGCUUCCCUUCCAGCGCGAUCAAAUGGGUAAAAUAUGCGAAGUUCUUGGCCCCGUCAAGCCCGAGCAAUGGCCCGGCAUAGUACACAUGCCUGAAUACCGGACCUACCAAGCAACUGGCCCUUACCCCAACCCCAAUCCCUUACCGACUUGGUACCACGCCAGAUCUCAGUCAACGGAAGGAUACGAUCUACUGGUAAAGAUGUUUGAGUGGGAUCCUGCGAGGAGGGUGACGGCGAAGGAUAGUUUGAAGCACCCUUGGUUCCAGGAGGACGGAGGCGUAGCAGUCAAGAGUGUAUUUGAAGGAAGCAACAUUACCUAUCCAACCAGAAGAGUCACGCAUGAGGAUAAUGGUGAUGCCAAAAUGGGAUCCCUCCCCGCAUCUAUGGCAGGGGGUCCCAGAUUGCCUUCAAGUAGCAACUUCAAACCCGCUAGUGCAACAAUCAAUCAGUCAACCCGGAAGAAGGCGAGAAUCUAAAGAGAGGUGGUCGCUGGCGGACAGUAUUUGCAUAUGGAUCUGUACGUUGUUUCAUAGCCUGUUGUAUCAUCUUAUAGUGCAUGUCACGUUUAUAGUGAUCGUACCAGAUCCUAACAGCUGUCCCCUCUAAGCUGAA